AUGGAAAACAGAUUGAGUUCCCGGAUCUCUCGCAUGUUCCGGGGAUCAUUCGGAUCCUCCUGCCGCACCCGGAAUCAAUCCGACGUCGUGGAGAAAUCCCCCUUCCUCCCUCACCAGCAAACUGCCAACAACGAUGAAACCGGCUCUGUUUCGUCGCUAAAGGCUCGACCUUUCCCGACCAUAUGCAGAGCAGCAACCUGUCCUGAAACCGCCAGUCAAGUGAUCAAUCACUGUACCAUUCCUUCCAGAAGAAAGGAAUCCCACCGCCGACGAUACCCUCCUCUCGUUCCGAACUCCGGCAAAGGGAACGGGUUCCCUCCGGCGUCCCCUGCUUCUCCCCUGACCCGGUCUUACUACCAGAAAAAACAGAGUACCCAAAAACAGAGGGUGGAAAGCAAGAAGAAGAAGAAGAAGAAAAAGGCCACAGCCCAGAAGCGGGAAACGAGUUCUCUUUUCAGUUCUUCAUCUCUCGACAGCGCCUAUUUCGCCGGAAGUUACUAUUGGUUCAGCAGCGACUGCGAAGGAGGAAAAGGCGAAGAAUCCGAUACUCUGUUUUUCUCCUCCAGAAGCCUCUCCUCCGAUUCGUCGGCUCUCUCUGCCAGCCGACGGCACCGCCGGCGGAAACCUCGCCGCCGUGAAAAUCAUGAUUCCGGUGGUGACAAAAGGGGGAUGCUGCCGAUGGACGGGAAAGUGAAGGGGAGCUUUGCAGUGGUGAAAAGCUCGAGCGAUCCUUACAACGAUUUCAGGACUUCAAUGGUGGAGAUGAUCAUCGAGAAGCAGAUAUUCGGUGCCAAGGAUUUGGAGCAGCUGCUGCAGUGUUUCUUGUCUCUGAACGCCGGUCAUCACCACAGGAUCAUCGUCGAGGUUUUCACCGAGAUUUGGGAGGCACUCUUCUCCACCUGGUCGUGA